AUGUGGGCUUCAUUUUUUUCCAAUACAUUACGUUGCAUAAACUGUGACUCCGUCAUAUCACCUAAUAAACCAUUUCACAUGUGUCAUGUAUGUGAUAAAGUUAAUGCUUGUGAAAAUUGUAUUGACAUCGUUGAACCACAUCAUAAACAUGACCUUUACGAAGUAAUUUUGAAAAAAUCCACUUUUAAAGAUCCGAUAUGUAAUGGAAAAGAAUGUGAUGGUAAAAAACAAAUUAGGAAAAAUGCUUUUCAAUGUGUUGGAAAAACGGAUGAUGUAAAAAUGGAUUAUGUAAAACCGGAUGAUGUAAAAACGGAUGAUGUAAAAAUGGAUGAAGGAAAAAUGGAUGAAAGAACAACGGAUGAUGUAAAUAUGGAAGAUGUUAAACCAGAUGAUGCAAAAACGGUUGAAGGAAAAACGGAUGAUGUAAAAAUGGAUGAUGUAAAACCAGAUAAUGCAAAAACGGAUGAAGGAAAAACGGAUGAAGGAAAAACGGAUGAAACGGAUGAAGGAAAAACGGAUGAUGUAAAUAUGGAUGAAGGAAAAACGGAUGAUGUAAAAACGGAUGAUGUAAAAACGGAUGAAGGAAAAAUGGAUGAAGGAAAAAUGGAUGAAAGAAAAAUAAAUGAUGUAAAUAUGGAUGAUGUAAAACCAGAUGAUGCAAAAACGGAUGAAGUAAAAACGGAUGAAGUAAAAACGGACGAUUUAAAAACGGAUGAAGGAAAAAUGGAUGAUGUAAAACCAGAUGAUGCAAAAACGGAUGAAGGAAAAAGGGAUGAUGUAAAAAUGAAUUAUAAAACGGAUGAUGUAAAAAUGGAUGAUGUAAAACCAGAUGAUGCAAAAACGGAUAAUGUAAAAACGGAUGAAGGAAAAACGGAUGAAGUGAAACCGGAUGAAGUAAAACCAGAUGAAGUAAAAACGGAUGAAAUAAAAACGGAUUAUGUAAAAACCGAUGUAAAAAUGGAUGAAGGAAAAGAAAAAGAAGACAAAGAGGAAGAAAAGAAAGAAGAAGAAAAAAAAGAAGAAUAA